AUGAGCUCGCCGCCCUAUCAAAGCCAGACCUCUCCUCCCGCACACUCUCCGCCAUAUCCAUCGCAUUCCCAGCUACCCGCCCUCAACACCCUCGCAAAUGGCGGAGGCUCGUCAAAGAAGCGCUCGGCCGGCGACGGCGGGCCAUCACCCUCCAUAAAGCGAAGAAAGCCCUCUACCAUGUCUGUCACCUCGGUCGGCUCCGCCCAUCCACUUCGACAAACCUCCUUCCCUCCCGACGAGUCUCCUUUCGCCGCAAGAUCCCCCAGCGUCGGGUUUGACAACGACAAUGUCAGCAUGGUCUCCGGCUCUGCUGUCUCGGUCAGCGCGCCCGCCAAGAAGAAGCGCGGCCGCAAGAGCAAGGCCGACAAGGCUCGCGAGGCUGCCGAAAAGGAGGGCACACCCAGUGCUGUCGGGGGCAGGGCCAUGACUACGGCUAGCGGUAGGAGUGGGGCUGGCAGGGGCGCGGCGAGCGCAGUUGGCGAUGACGGGGCGGAUGAUGAGGAAGAGGAUGACAAGGACAUCAAGACCAAGAUGGGAGUCGCUCAAUUUGAGAGGAGCAGGGAGGAACGCGAGGAGGAGAAGAAGCUGCGGUUCAUGCUCGUCCAGCAGAUGGAUAAGGACCAGACUGAGCGAUACGAGAUGUGGCACGCUGCCAAGCUCACCGAGAGCGUGGUCAAGAGGAUUGUCAACGCUGCUGUCUCCCAAUCGGUACCUGCCAACGUCACCAAAGCAAUGCAGUCGGUCGCCAAGGUCUUCAUCGGCGACAUCAUCGAGGAAUCACGAAGGGUGCAAUCAGAGUGGAUAGACAAGUCGGGCGAGCCACAAGCCGAGGAGGGCGUGGCUUUCCCACCAUGGCCGUAUGAGGAGGAAGAACACUGGGAUGAGCCCGAGGACGGUCGACCCAGAUCGACGCACCCCAAGGUCAAACCCAAGGAGCCGGCCCGGGGCGCCCUACGACCAGACCACGUGCGUGAGGCGUGGAGACGGUACAAGCAAGGGGCAGAGGGCGGCAAUGUUGGCGCACUGGGCCUAUGGCACUUGCAGCAAAGCAGUGGGGUGGAGAGGUUUGGUGUCAAGACCCGUGGCCGUCGCUUGUUCAAGUAA